AUGGAGAAAUUGCACCUGCAAUUGCGCUACAUGAACUUCCAAUUUACCCUGCUGCAGCAAAGUGCUCCUGACGAGGAGGCUGCUCUCCUACAAAACCCGCACGCGGCGGAGCUGGUCAAUUUUUGCCUGUUGGACGACUACGAACAGGUGGUCAAAGUCUUUGUCGAGGGGUUGCGAAAAACGAAGCCGCGGACUCCUUCAAGCAAAAAUGUCGGCUCCACUACGGGGCGUGAGGGUCCUACAUCUAGUGCCGAACAUCAAGCCGCGGCGGCGGCACAACCGUUGUCAGCACCAUCUGCGGCUCCCGGCAGCGCGAAAAGCAAGUUUUUGUCGAAGGCGAAAGCGGUUUCCGCUGGAGCGGCGGCGGGUAGUGGCCCUCGUCCACUUGGG